AACUCCGAGUCUUGAAAGUCGGAGUUUGCGGGGGGUCACUUGAACGCCUCACGAGACGCUGCGUGCACGCUGCGCUGACGAGCCGUCGCUUCUCGUGGAAACAGCUGGUGGUUUCUGUCACCUCUGAAAGCAGCUCGGAACCCAAAAAAAAGUUCAAAUCACACCCGAAACCGAGUGCGUGAGUCGUGAGCGGAGCAGCACCAGACGCGUGGACAUGUCACGCGUUGAACGCCACUUUAAUCCCGCAUCUGAUCACGCAACGCCGCAGCGGAGGGAGUGACGCCGGCUGCUGACGCCUGCUAGUCGUCCACGUUUACCUCCCCUGUGUCUCUGUGUGUGUGUUCUCCUAUAGCAACAACAGGCCGGGACGCAGGUGUUCUGUGUGUCUUUGGUUCCAUCCCAUCAUGACUCAUGUUCACUACAAGUUCUCCUCCAAACUCAGCUACGACACGGUGGUGUUCGACGGCCCGCACGUCACGCUGCGGGACCUGAAGAGGCAGAUCAUGGGCAGGGAGAAGCUGCGAGCCGGGGACUGCGACCUCCAGAUCACCAACGCACAGAGCAAAGAAGAGUACACAGAUGAUGAGUGUUCGAUCCCCAAAGGCUCCUCCGUCAUCGUCAGGAGGAUCCCGGUCAUCGGAGCAAAGUCCGGCUCAAGCAGCAAGACCCGCCACACUGAGCGAUCAGAUGUCCAGACCCACCAAGCCUUUGGAGCCUACAAAGCAAUGGAUGACCAGAGUUCUUCCAGAGCUUUACCGCUUUUCUCAAAGAUGGCUAACCUGGCUGAUGUGGAGGGGUCAGAGGAGGAUAAGAUCAAAGUUAUGAUAAAUCAGUCCUCCUACGACGCCUUGAACUACAACAAGAAGUUUGGUACCGUACUUCCUGCAAACUACACCUGUUAUCGCUGUGGAAAUACUGGACACCACAUCAGGAACUGUCCCGUCAGCGGGGAUAAAAACUUCGAAGCCCCUCUGAGGAUUAAGAAAAGCACAGGUAUCCCUCGUUCCUUCAUGGUAGAGGUGGAUGAUCCAAGCAUAAAGGGAGCCAUGCUGACCAACUGUGGACGUUACGCCAUUCCUUCCAUAGACAUCGCGGCGUACGCCAUUGGGAAGAAGGAGAGGCCUCCGUUCGUUCCACAGGAACAGGCCGAGUCUGAAGAGGAGCAGGAUCCUGUACCCGAGGAACUCCUCUGUCUGAUCUGUCACGACCUGCUGAGUGACGCUGUGGUCAUACCCUGCUGUGGAAACAGCUACUGUGACGACUGUAUUCGUUCAGCUUUACUGGAUUCAGAGGAACACGUCUGCCCCACUUGUAGCCAAUCAGAUGUCUCACCUGAUAACCUGAUAGCCAAUAAAUUUCUCCGACAGGCUGUGGACAACUUUAAGAAAGAGCGAGGCGUCACUAAAAGCCUGAGCCGAGGGUGUGGUACCUCCCAAUCCCAAAAUCCAACUCGGACACCGAGCCCUGUCCCAACCCCGCCCCCUCUCAGCGUUCAGAGCCAACCUCCUCCGAAGCCUCACAUGCCAACCCACCGCCAGCAGGACCCUCUCCUGUACCUCUCACAGGCUGCAGACACACCGCCACUGACUCAGGUGUGUGAGGCUCCGCCCACAGAAACAGGCCCCGCCUCUUCUCCCCCCACACCGAGCACUUCCCUCGAGCCUGAGCAAAGCCACCUGGAGAAACCUGACAAAGAGGCUGAAGAAAAGACAAACGAUGACUCAGCGGCUGCUGCCUCCCCGCCUGUACCGGUCUCACCCAAAGACCCCACUGAUGCCCCAUCACAGCUGAUACCACUGGUGAAGCUGACUCCACCUACAGAGCAGCCCCAGUCAGUCAGUGUGAAUCCACAGCAGCCCUCCUCAGGUCCUGCUCCAAAACCCUCGGGUCCAUCAACUUGCUGGGAAAGCUCCUCCUCCUCCUCCUCACUUUGUCCCACUGGAGGCUGGAAUGAACCGAACACCCAGCAGCCUCCUCCCUCCGUCUCUUCAUAUCCAUCAACUCCUCCACCUCCUCUCUUUCCUUCCCCUCAUUUCCACACAUUCCUCGCCGCCCAGCAGGCUCUCGGUAUUUACCCACCUGGAUACCCACCUCCUACGCCUGUCUGGACACUCCCAAACCUCCAGGCGGCUCCCAUCCCUUCCCUGUGCCCCUCUACCUCCAUCCCUGCCCUCAUCCCCAAGGAGUGGUACCAGCAUCAGAGAAAGAAGAAGGAAAGGUCACCUCACAGAGGAUCCUCACACAGGCGCUCCUCCUCUCGUUCUGAUUCAAAGCCUUCUAAGUUCAAGUCUUCUCGCUCCUACUCUCGCUCUUCAAGCAGGUCCAGAUCCCGUUCCCGGUCCAGGUCCCACGGCCGAUCCAGGCCCAACUCACCUUACUCUCGCCACAAAGACCUCCACAGCCGCUCUUGUUCCACCCACUCCUACAGCUACGGCUACAAACGCUCCCCCACACCGUCAUCGUCAUCUUCACCUCAAGUGGGUUACCGUUCCAAGCCCAAGUCACCUUCAGAUCACCGCAAAAGCAGCCAUCACAGCCGCCACCACAGCAAGAAAUCCGCUUCGAGCAGCUACUCCUCCAGGAGGCGAGGAGAACCAUACCAAAGAGAAGCCGGAGCCUCGGGGGAAAGUGGCAGCCAGGAGCUGGACAGAGAGCGCUACCUGCAGUGGAACAGGCAGUACAAAGAGUGGUGUGAUAAAUAUUUCAGCAGCUACGUCGGCCACUUCCACCAGCUGCCUCUCCCCCUCCUCAAUCUCCCUCCUCCUCCUCAGUGGGGGGACGGAGAAGGAAGCGUGAAUCCCUCCCGCGCUCACUCGGACUCUCGCGGUCGACUCCAAGGUCGACACACGGCUCGUAAAGAUGGCCGAUCCCCUCCGUCGCAGUCCUCCAGUGACAGCCGCUCGCCUCCAUCUCAGUCUUCAAGGGGCAGCCGCUCCACGGUGUCUCAGUCAUCCAGUGACAGUCGCUCUUCUCCAUCUCAUUCGUCCAACAGCAGCCGGUCCCCUCCGUCUCAGUCGUCCAGCGACGGACGCUCCACGCCGACCAAAGACGGAGCUCAGCCGAGGGCUUAUCACCAGAAGUGCACUGAGAGGUACGGCCGCCAGCCAGUCACACUUACAAAGGGCAGCAAGGAAGUGGAGCUGCAAGAAAGUCGUGAAGACGACAAGAAGGUAAUCCCGAAGAAUGUGGAGAACCUCAGCACCUUAAAACAUGAGCAAAAGAAGAAACAUGGGGAAGGAAGAGGAGAGGAGUCAUCAUCCCCCGAUGCUGCAGACUCCACGGAUGACUGCAGGAAGGACAAGAGGAGACACAGCGCUGGACCAAAUACCUGCAAGGAUGGCACCCCAGCACAGGACGAAGCAACUGCCAGCGAUGCCUUAGAAUCAGUCCAACCACCCGCCAAACCAGAUAAACGUUUGGAUAAAGACUACGAAAGAAAAAGCAGAGAACAAAGGAAUUUGGAAUCUGAGAAAGGACGGAGAAGAGGCAAACAUUCAGACUCCAGGCAGGAUGUUGGGAGACGGCACAAAGAAAAGCCCAGUAAAGAGCCAGACAUGGUGCAUACAGACAGAUACCCCGGAGGCAGCACAGCUUCUGACUCAAGAUCAGAGAGGAACAAAAAAAGAAAAGGAGAGGACAUCGAGAGGAGUUCUCUUAAGGUUGAAGACAGCAAAUGCCUGAAAACUAACACUGCAGAGGAACCCAAAACCCGCAAGAGUGAAUCCCCGAAUCCAUUUGACAGAAAGAAGCCAAAUAUUGAGAAGAAAAAAGAGAUGAAAACAUGGCCUCUGACAGAGAGACACAUCUGGGAGGGAGGGAUAAAGGUGAAACCACAGAAGAAGAUAAGCAUCAACAUAAACCUGGAUGGAAAAAAGAGCGAAGAGAAAAUGGAAAAAUUUGAAUUUUAUUAUUUAGAGAAAACUGGUAAUGGAGAGAAGGAGAAAUUAAACAAAGAGCCAGACAUGGAAGCAAAUGAAAAGAAGGAAUCCAGCAGAGACAUGGAAGGUGUGUCUGAAGAAAAAAUAAAACCAGAUGAAGGAGAAGCAAAACAGAAAUGGGAGAAAGCUACCUUCAGAGAUGAUGGGGGAGAGAUGUUGGAGAAAAACAACACCGGAGGGAAGAAAGAGGAGAGAGAAAAGGAGGACUUUGACUUAUGUAAUAGUGCACUCAAAGAAGAGGAGGAGGAGACGAAGGAGAGUAAAAAUCAGUGGGAUGAGAGAGACUGGAUGGAGGCCAGCAAAGGAGAAGAGCUGAUGAAUGAGAGGAGGAGCGUCACAGGAGGAAAUGAGGAACAAGCGAUGGGAGAAAGCACAUGCAAGGAAAACAGAGUAAACCUACCGGGGGAGUCAAAGGAGGACCCGAUGGAGGGAGUGAAGUGGAGAAUGUGGGAGGAAGAAGAAGAAGAAGAAGACGCGGUGAGGUCCAAGUCCCAGAGCAGCAGAAACGAGAACCACCAGGACGGACCAAACACCUCAGUUGACGGCGGCAGCAGCUACGAGGACCGUCAGGAGAAGAAGACGGUGGUGAAACCUCUGGAGGAACACACCGAGGACCAAGAUGAGGAGCCCGUUCUCAUGAAGGUCCCUCGCUCCAAAUGGGAGAAGGAAGAGUCUGAGGAAGAAGAGCGGGAUGAAGAAGUGAGCAAAGCUCAAACAGAUUCUCUUGCAUCGUUUCUACCUUCACCAAAAGUGUCUGUGACACCAGAGACAACAACCAUCAGGGAAACAGAGACUGAAGAAAAGAGAGAGAGGUCAGUGGAAAGGGAGAGAGGAAGGGAGAGAGAGAAAACCCCAAGAAGUGUGGCUCCCUCUAGUGGCAAAGACCGAAAUGACAUCACUGUGUAUUCAGAUAGAGACAGAGAGAGAGGGAGGGAGAGCGAGAGGCCGAGGGAUAGGCAGAGAGAGAGCAAAAGAUCAAAAGAGAGAGGAAGGGAGGAGGAGAGAGGGAGAGACAGGAAGAGAGAGAGAGGGCACAGCAGCACUGCUUCAGCCCAAAAGAGGAAUCCCCCGUCUUCCUCCUCUCACUCCUACUCUCAUUCAAAGUCACGCGACACAGCGAGGAGAGACAGGCAGCGAGGAGGCGAUAACAAGAGUCCACCGUGUCCCGACAGGAAAUACUCCGCCGGAAGGAGCAGGGAGAGCGGAGCGAUGAGCAGAGCUACCGAACUGCCUGAUCAAAACACCCACAAAUCAUGUAGAGACCCCUCACUGGACUCUAGGUCUAAAGACAAAGACCAUCCCCACUACCACCACAACCACCCAGAUCCACCAGGGAACAAAAGACACCAAGACAGACCAGCAGGGUCCCACCACUCCCCACCUCCCCUCUCUCACAGCCGGGGUAAGGAGAGAGACCAGCUCCCCUCCGGGUCCGAGCCCAGAACGAUCAGCCCUGCUCCAGAAUUCAUGCAGCAAAGAAAUAGAAACGACAGGAAGGAGGAAUGGAGGCCGAGGCAGGUUAAAAAAGAAGGCAAAGGGGAGAAAGAAAGCAAAGAGAUGGGGGCUGUGAGAGGUAGUAGAUGGGAGGGUGAGGCAUCGGACGGACGGACAAAGUGGGGGACAACAAGAGAGCUGGAGGACGGAGAGAGGUUCAGCAGCUGCAGCAACAGCGUCAGCUCAUCGGCAAGCCAGGAGAACGGCCGGGACGACGGGAGAGAAGAGAGGAAGAGGAAACAACAGAAGCACAACAAGGAGAAGAGACACGACGACCCGGAGCCGCUGGAGGAGGGAGAGCUGAAGAAACACCAGAAGAUGAUGGCGUCAAAGAAAAGCAGUGACGGAAAGGAGGAGAAGAGAAGUGGAGAGGUGGAGGAGGAGGACCACGCUCAACUCUGCUCUGUUACGUUAUCCUGACUCGCGUAGAAAUUAACUAUGUAUUUACUUGAAUGAUGUUUUUCCUUUCUCUGUCCAAAAAGUGCCUGGAUUCAUUUUUUUCAACUUCAUUUUAUUUUCCCAGGAUACUUUUUGUAUCUCCUUAAGAUAUCUAAUAUCAAAUAUGCAUCAUCCAAAAUGAAAGUGAACAGAUUGUAAAGGAAAAGCACUUUAUACUUAAUAUAUGAAAAGAAACCUUGGAAUUCUUAAAUUAUUAUUUAAAGUUUAAGGAAUUUGCACAUGCUCUCAACUUGCUCAGGACUGCCACCGGUUAAUAAACUGAACCUGCAAUGUUACAGCUCGCAAUGUUACAUUUCGACAAGAGGUCAUUCAGCAAUUUUGAUUUGCCUCACACAGAAGCACAGGAGUGCAUUUAGAGGGUUAUUGAAAAGAGUUUGUGAUUCAUUUGAAACAUACUGUGAAUAUUUAUGAUUUGAACCUCUGUGUCGUAUUUUGUCUUUAUUUUUAAUUUUGUAAAUGUUUAAUUGAAAAAAAAAGAAAAACUGCUGGAUGCAUUAAUAAUUUAACAGAGGGGAAAGUUUUUUUUGUUUUUUUCCUGCUUUGGAGGAAAUAAAUAAGAAACAAACAUAAUAUUUUGUUUUUUCUGUUUGGGUGACAUCAUAAUAAUCUGCUAUUACACGUUAGCUAGUAAUAUUUUCUGAUUUCUGAAGUCCAAAUUCUCAAAGACCAUCAUUUUAUUCAUUCAUGUGCUUAUGCUGUAGCCUGUAAAUUAAAAAAUCUA